AUGGGGGCCUUAGGGUAUCUCUUUCUCGGACUUACUGCAGUCUACUUCAGGCGAGAAUAUCCUAUCUGGGAAACGAAAAUCUGGACCAGUGUUGUCUUCUGCGGGGUUCUGGCCUUCUGUACGAUGGUUUAUCGGCUGUUCCUAUAUCCUGAAUUUUUCUCGCCUCUGAAACAUAUAAAGACACUACCUUCACGAAAUUGGCUCACCGGGAACUCGAAUUCGUUCCUGGUAGAGACGCCUUAUGCAUUAAUCAAGACCUGGCUCAAAGAAUUUCCAACUGAAGGUCUUCUACGCUAUUAUAUUGUCGGAAAUCUUGAAUGGGUCAUGCCGACAAGUUCUGAGGCUUUGAAGGAGAUACUGGUUACGAAGGCUUACGAGUUCGAAAAGCCAGAGAUCAUGAAAUAUCCCCUACAGAAGUCCCUCGGUCGUGGUAUACUUCUUGUCGAAGGCGACGAGCAUAGGAUGCACCGCAAGAACCUAUUGCCAGCUUUUUCUUACCGUCACAUCAAGAAUCUUUACCCUUUAUUUUGGGCUAAAAGUGUUGACAUGGUCAGACUCAUUGAGAAAGAAUUGAAUUCAGGCAGCGUUGAACACAAUACCAUUCGGAUUGGGGAUUGGGCAAGACGUGCAACGCUCGACAUUAUUGGCCUCGCAGGUAUGGGCUGUGACUUCGAGGCUUUGACAAGACCGGGUAACAUUUUACAUCAGUCUUAUAAGACAUUGAUCUCGCAACCCCUUAGCGAGAAGCUUCUAUUUCUGAUGGGAGUUCUUACCCACCCAAGAUACACAAUGAAUCUUCCGACAGCAAGAAACAGAGAAAUCAGGGAGUGUAAUGCCCGUAUUCGUGGAGCGGCACGGGCAGUAAUCCGUCAGAGAAUAGCCAAAAAGCAAGAUACCGGGAGAGAUAUUGACAUAAUAUCAGUCGCUCUACAAAGCGGCAUGUUUGACGAAGAGAAUCUGAUCGACCAAGCAAUGACCUUCCUGGGGGCUGGUCAUGAUACAACAGCAGCUGCAUUGCAAUGGGCAAUUUACGCAUUAUGCAAGCAUCCGGGUAUUCAAAAGAGGCUACGUGAUGAAGUACGCACACAUCUCCCGGGUAUCUCAUUUACAGGAGAGAAGCAAGCGAGCGUUUCCGCAUUAGAAAAUCUCCGGUAUUUGAGCGCUUUCUGCAACGAGGUUCUUCGUUUCUAUCCCGCCAUUCCCAAAACUGUUCGCGAAGCCGUGGUGGAUACUACUUUAGUAGGUAAAUUUAUCCCAAAGGGUACGCUGAUUGUCCUGUCGCCGGAGAUCACCAACCAUCUGACCGAGUUGUGGGGCCCUGAUGCGGAUAAGUUUGAUCCAGAACGCUUCCUCAAGCCUGGUAAGGCUCAUACUGGAGGUGCGGCGAACAAUUUUGCCAACUUAUCUUUCCUACAUGGCCCCCCCUAG